AUGAGCUUCAAGGACAUACCUGAAGCAAGAAAAUGUAUUAACUUAUAUUCCCUGGCAAACAAAAAGGAUUUAAAACAAGAAAAAAGUGAUAAAGAAAGAUUAAGGUACAAAUGUGUUCCUGGUUGCCCUUUUGUUGUUCUCAUUUCUGAAGAUGGAGACCUUCCAGGUGUUAGGAUAAAGACACUAAACCUAAAGCAUGAGUGUGAUGAAGCAUUUGAUAAUAGUAGGGUUGAUUAUCAUACAAUUGCACUUUAUUUCAAGAAAAAGCUGCAAGAUAACCCUAUGUAUAAGAUUAAAGAGAUGAGAGCAGAUAUCAAAAAUGUGUUUAAUACAAAUGUCAGUUAUGAAAAGUGUAAGAGGGCUAAAAGAGAGAUUUUAGAGAAACUAGAAGGCAGUUUUACAGAUGGCUACAAUAAACUUGAGGCAUAUGCUAAUGAACUUAGAGAAAGUAAUCCAGGGAGUGAUGUGAUCAUUAACUUGUCAAAGGAUGCACUUGCUCAAGGUGUUAGAAGAUUUUUGAGAAUGUAUAUUUGCUUCCAUGCUCUUAAGAUGGGUUUUAAGGAAGGUUUGAGACCUUUCAUUGGCUUGGAUAGGACAUUUCUUAAAGGGAAAGCCAAAGGUCAAUUGUUAAUUGCUGUUGGUUUGGAUUGUAAUAACCAAACCUAUCCUCUAGCUUGGGCAAUUGUACACAAGGAAACUAAGAGAACACGGAAUUGGUUCUUGGAAUUGCUUCAAAGGUCAUUGGAUCUCAAAGAGGGCGAAGGAAUUACAUUCAUGUCAGACAUGCAAAAGGGAUUGAUUCAGGCAGUCCAUACUAGAACAGAUGAGUUUAAGAAGUUGUUAUGGUGGUGUUCAUGGUGCUCAUAUGAGGAAGACUUCAAGGACCAGUUGAAGAGCAUUGGCAAACUGGAUAAGGAAGUUGCUGAAGCUUUACUCAAAUAUCCUCCUUAA